GCAGAGAGCCCUGAUAGCGGGAUCGGGCGGCUGACAGGUCCGUGACGUCAUUUUUGUGCGACGCACGCCGGCGGCUCCGCUGCCCAGCAACCGCUAACAUCAGCCAGCGGGCCGACCAGCCGAGUCCCGGAGACUGGGAGCCAAGUGCAUCCCCCACCCAGGGCCGCGAGCACAGUCAUGCCGUAGGGCUCACCCCCAACAGACAUGGAGAAGUACGUGAAAAUAAGCCAGAUCGGGGAGGGUUCCUUUGGAAAGGCCAUCCUGGUGAAAUCCAAAGCCGAUGGCAGGCAGUAUGUCAUUAAAGAGAUCGGCAUCUCUAAGAUGUCCAACAAAGAGAGGCAGGAAUCGAGAAAAGAAGUUGCAGUGCUGGCGAAUAUGAAGCAUCCAAAUAUUGUCCAAUACAUAGAAUCUUUUGAAGAAAGUGGCUGUCUGUACAUUGUGAUGGAUUAUUGUGAAGGAGGGGAUCUAUUUAAAAGAAUAAAUACACAAAAAGGAGUAUUAUUCUCAGAAGAUCAGAUUCUCGACUGGUUUGUUCAGCUGUGCUUGGCUUUAAAACAUGUCCAUGACAGGAAAAUUCUACAUCGGGACAUAAAGUCACAGAAUAUCUUUUUGACAAAGAGUGGAACAAUCCAACUGGGUGACUUUGGAAUAGCUAGGGUUCUGAACAGUACUGUAGAGCUGGCUCGUACAUGUAUAGGAACACCUUACUAUCUGUCUCCUGAAAUAUGUGAGAACAGACCUUAUAACAACAAGAGUGACAUUUGGGCUCUAGGAUGCGUCCUUUAUGAAAUGUGCACCCUCAAGCACGCGUUUGAAGCUGGUAACAUGAAAAACCUAGUAUUGAAGAUAAUUCGGGGUUCAUAUCCUCCUGUGUCUGUGCAUUACUCUUAUGACCUUCGCAAUCUACUCUCUAUGCUUUUUAAGCGGAAUCCCAGGGAUCGUCCAUCUGUCACCUCCAUAUUGGAGAAGCCUUUUAUAUACAGACGUAUAGAGCGUUUUUUGCCUCCACAGGUUAUUGCUGAAGAAUUUGGCAUGGGAGGCGGGCCAAAUGUAGCUAAACCUAUAUGUCACGCAUUAGCUGGUAAAAGGCCAGCUCCAGCACAAGCCAUGCCUUCUCCCUCUCCUCCUGCCCACAAAAUCACCAAACCAGCCGCUAAGUACGGAGUGCCUUUAACAAAAUCAGCGGAUGCUUUAAAAAAGCACCACGACCGGAAGCCGCAGAUCAGACACAGACAGGCUCCACAUGUACCAAUGAAGAAAGUGAAUCCCGUAGAAGAAAGGAGGAAAUUGUUUGAGGAUCCAGGUAAGAAAAAGAGACUUGACAUGAGACAACUCGAGAAGGAAAAAAGACAGAGGGAGCAGAUGAAUUUGCUGAAGGCUGAACAAUUGAGAAGAUUAGAAAAGGAGCGGAUGGAACGGAUAAACCGAGCAAGAGAGCAGGGAUGGAGAAAUGUGAUUGGCUCAGGAGGAAGUGGAGAAAUGAAGGCAUUUUGUUUUGGUGGUGGUGGAGGUGGUGGUGGAGGUGCUCCACCACAGGCUGUGGCUCGAGUAUCCUACGAACAUUAUCAUUCCUUACUUGACCAGAUGCAGAAGCAGAAAGAACACAUUAAAGCAGUAGAAGAAAGAGAUGCCAAGUUGAAAGCCAGUAGUGAGUCCUCUGACCAGGCUAGCAGAGUUGCAGUGAAACCAGAGGCUCCUAAUGGCCCUUCUCCUCGCAUAGCCUUUCCUGAUGGUGAUGCCAUAAAGAAAGAAUUGAAGAGGUUGGAGGAGGUUUCAAAACAAGCAAUUGCACAUAAGCAUAGAGGACAUGCUGCUGCAGAAAAUGCCAGGCAGGUGGAAGAGUUUUGGCAAAGGAAGAGAGAAGCAAUGGAAAACAAAGCUCGUGCUCAGGGAAAUAUGGAUGCACUGUGCAACUUGACAGCUAUCUAUGGAGGCAGGCCAAAUUCUGCAGGAGGAGGCAAGUCUCGAAACAAAGAAGAACAGGAAUAUUUAGCAAGACUCAGGCAGAUCAGGCUACAAAAUUUUAAUGAGCGACAACAAAUCAUGGCCAAGCUGCGUGGCGAAAAGGCAAAUGAUGAGGAAGCUGGACACAAGAGCAGCGAAGAAGCUGAACUGAGAAGAAAGAAAAUCGAAGCAUUGAAAGCCCAAGCAAAUGCAAGAGCAGCAGUUUUAAAAGAAGAACUUGAAAGAAAACGGAGAGAAGCUGAUGAAAGAGAAAAAAGAGCGUGGGAAGAACAUCUUGCAGCUCGCGGGUUCAGGAAUCCCAAUGUGCCUUUUAACGCAGCAGGAGCAGGACCUGGUUCUCCGAGCCAUGCAAGUGCUUCACCUUAUGGUUCACCAGUUCGUUUACAACAUCCAGCCAAAUCCAAUACACCUGCCAUCUCCAUGACUUCUGCACUGAAGAACGUGGGAGCUAAAGGAGAAACCGCAGAAAUCAGGGAUACAACAGAGGAGUCCAAAAAAACAGAAACCUCAAUCCAAAAUGAAAAACGUGAAAUACUCCGUAGAUUAAAUCAGCACCUCAAAACUCAGGAAGAAGAAGAACAGGUCAGUCAGGAUUUGGAAGUGAAAGUUGAUCAAGGUGGCGACAAAGAACAUGUGCAGGAAAGUGGAGAUCAUGUACCCAGUGAUCGGAAGAAGUGGCAGGCACAUGUUCCUCCUGUAAUCCCUCUUUCACAGCUCACACUCAUAGAGGAUACAGUUAUUGCAGCCCAGAAUCAUACGGUAGAGGGUGUUGACAUCAAUUUAGACAGUGGAGAACCACGGCGACCUGUGUGGACGAACAGUCCUGGCGAUGCGGUCUUGAGAAUCCUUGGUGAAGCUAAACUGCAGAUGCAGACUGAAAAGUUACAACUAACAAUUGAACCAUGUCCUGAGAAAGAAGAUGUAGCAGAACAAAAUCAGCCUCUAGACCAUAAAGCAAUUGACGUCUCUCCUGUGGACAGGGAUAAUGUGGGUGUAUCUGAUGAACAUAAAGCAGAGAAGCCAGAGGGCUCUCUGCAACAAGAAAUCAACCCAACAUUGAUGAUGUCUGUUCCAGAUAAGGCUGCAGAUCAGCCCCACGAGGAUCCCGAAGACUUGGAAACUGAGAUACUUGAGGAUGUGAAACCUAGUGAGAUUACCGAUGACAAGCAGCGUCCUGUUCAGGUCACAAAUGUUUGGAAUGAGCCAGACAUUGAACAAAGUGAGGAUAUGGCGGAAGCUAUCUGUGACAAUGAGUUUAAAGAAGAAGCUAAAUUAGAUUCUGAGCAUGAUGAAGAUGCAGAAAAUGUUGGAGACUCGACAGCACCCAAAGCUUUAUUUGAAAAAGUUCCACUUCCACGUUAUACAAUGACACCAAACCUCUCUGCUCAGUCCUCUUUGGAUGACUCACUGCCACCUCGUUCAAGAUCUGCAUCUCCCACCAAAACUAAAGGCAAAGCAUCGCUCCUAAUAGGGCUCUCCACUGGUCUGUUUGAUGCAAACAAUCCAAAGAUGUUAAGGACAUGCUCCUUGCCAGACCUAACAAAGCUGUUCAAAACCUUUGUUGAUGUUCCUGCUGUGGCUGAUGUACAAGGAGAGGACCCUUUAGAAAUAGAGGACAUAGAGGAUGAUCCCGCUCAGGAAGCAGAUCACUCUGACUCCGAGGAUACCAUGUUUGGAGAGACAGACAGAGACUUGCAGGAGCUGCAGGCAUCAAUGGAGCAACUGUUGAGGGAUGAAGCAAUUGAAGAAUACUGUCCUGAUGAAGAGACUGUUGUGACUGUGGAGCCAUUGGAAGAGAACAAGCUGGAAACGACAGAAUCUACCAUCAAUGGUGAGGAGCAAAAGGGAGAAGAAGAAGAAGAAGAAGAGGAGGAGGAGGAAGAUGAUGAGAAUCUUCCGAGCAGUGAAAGUGCCAUUAAUGAAGAGUGGCAGUCUGAUGACAGCCAUGAGGACUUUACCAGUGAAUGCGACGACGGCGACAGCGUCUUUGGCCAUCUUGAGGAGCUGCGGCUCAAGUUAGAGCAAGAGAUUGGUUUUGAUAAGUUCAUAGAGGUCUACAAUAAAAUUAAGGCUAUUCAUGAAGAUGAAGAUGAAAAUAUUGAUACAUGUUCUACAGUUGUACAACAGAUUCUUGGUAGUGAACACCAGCAUUUGUAUCACAAAAUUCUCCGUUUAGUAAUGGCAGAUGGAGCCUAUCAAGAAGAUAAUGAUGAAUGAAUAUCUCAGGAUUUUCUUACAAUCAAUGCUGCUUGAAACAGUAUGAACGUUACCUUUUUAUUUUUUAUUAGUUUUCUAGAGAGAGUGCGUAGUCUAUGCUUCCUGGCGUUUAAAGAUUUAUUAUUGCGGUUUGCCAUCUGCAUGAACAGAGGGAAGCCUCUUUAUGCCUUGGUAAUCUACCUUCCAGAUCUGUAUGCUGUUUGUUUAACUUCUCUGUUCUAUUUGUCAAGCCCAAAGAAGGCUAACUCCAUUAGCAUUUUGAUGGUCCAAUGCUACUCUAAGAAAGCUAUUGUCUGGUAUUUAACACAAAUGCAAGCAGAUCAGGUCAAGCUAUUGUAAGAACUAAUCGUUUUUUCUUUGUUUCUUGUUGUCACAUAUUACAUUGGGAUUGGAAAAUUGGUUCACAUAUUUAUUAUUAUGCUUCUGAUCUGUUAAUGUUUAUUUACAGAUGUCAAAUGUGAGAAAGUUGUAAAAGCAUCAUAAAAGCAGACAAUCUGUGUUGUGUGUGUCUGUAUAAAAUAUAAUCUUCUAAAGCACCCUCUCUUGAAAAACACUAACCGAGGGUAUUAACUAUUUUAGAAGAAAAUUAUUUUUUUUUAUUGCCUUUUCAGGUUAUCACAAUAAUGGGACACUUCAAGCUUCGGUUAAAGGGACACACCUGGCACAAAUACAACUUUAAUGCAUUUGAUAAGUUUUGGCCUCAUUAAUAUGCUGUAUUUUUUUUGCAUGCUCAAAUCUUUAUAGUGUUUAUGUAAAAGAAGUAGCAGACACCCAGGGAGAUAUAUUGUAACAAUGUCACUAUCUGUUUAUAGUUUACAGCCAGGCUUUAAAUGAAUCUGUUAAUUAGUGCUAUUGGGGCUGAGACUGUGUGCAUAUGUUUUAAUAAGGUCUUUGUGGCAUUAGCGGGUGUGGCUAAGAAGGUUAAGAUUUGAGCAUGCAAAAAAAUACCGCAUGUAAAGGAGGUCAAAAUCUAUUAAAGGUGUAUUGGUGCCCUGAGUGUCCCUUUUAACAUCACGUUUAACACCCUUCUAUAGAUAAUUAAAAUAUUACAAGAAGGAAAAAAAAAAAUAUAUA